UGUCGCUUUAAACCUUUUGUGAGCGGUGUUCGCUUCUUCUCCGUUCUCAGAGGCGCCGUCUUUUUCACUUGCGGCGCUGAAAACGUCGAACGAACUCCUGAGGCGGAACUGCCGCCGUUUGUCCGAAAACGCAGUCGUUUGGGGAAACAUUCCGUGUGCGCACCGGUGCUUUGUGGGUAAUAUGCUAACGAGCAGCUGCACGAGGAAGGGUCAGGGACCGAGUGCUUGAGUUGGAGGACACGAGCGCUCUGCUAAAGUGCCGUUUAGGGAACGCGGUCCUUCCGAAAUCCAAGUGUGUUUAGUGGCUGUCGCCGGAAAGUUUGAGAGCAGAGCGGGCGGCGCGGCGGCACAAACACAGCGCGUGAUCAUCCUCAUGAUGCUGAUGAUGUAGCUGCUCGGCGGAGUCAGUCGCGCGCGCGCUGUGUGUUGCCUCCUGGCUCGUGCAGCAACAGCAGCAGCAGCACCACCACCACCACCAUGGCCGCGCAGAGGCGCCUCGCCGCGCACAGGGACGCGCUCCAGCGGCAGAUCGAUGCCCUGCAGCGCAGUCUGGGGGACCUCGGCCGCGGGGAAGAGCCGCUCUCCUCAUCCUCCUCGGAGCUGUCGGAAGAAGAUGACGGGUCCGAGGACAGCGAGGUGCAGCCGGCACACCUGGCGGAGCUGGUGGCCGAGCGGGAGCGCGUUCAGAAGGAGAUCGAGGAGCUGGAGCACACGCUGGGCCCUCGGGAUCCAGAUGACGGAGGUGAAGCGGCAGCCGCCACGGACAGUAGCGAGGAGGACAGCGGCGAAGAGCUGGACUUGCCACACAACGUGGAAACCUGCCUCCAGAUGAACCUGGUCUACCAGGAGGUGCUCAAGGAGAAGUUGGUGGAGCUGGAGCGGCUGCUGCUCGACAACCGGGAGCAGCAGAAAAAAGUGAUGGCGCAGAUCACCGGUCCUGUGGCCCCUCAGCCGAGCUCCUCUGCGAUGAGCCCGUACAGCAUUUAUCUCGGCCACUUCAUGAAGCCCUAUUUUAAGGACAAAAUCUCGAGCUUGGGUCCUCCCCCAAAUUCCGAAACCAGGGACAAGAUGAGCAAGGGUUCGAUGAGCUUUAAUGACGUCAAAAUUAAACGAUGGGAAGGGUGGCAUAAGACACUGCUAUUCAACGCUGUGGUCAAAGACACCAUGAAGCGCCUCUUGCAGCCGAAAAUCUCAAAGUUAGAGUAUCUCACUAAGAAAAUGUCCAAGGCGAGUGACAUGGAGAAGCAAAUCCUUCAAAAGCAAGUUGGUCAGAUCGAGAGGGAAAUUGAGGACAUCAACGCCAUGACAACCGAUCAGUUGGUUGGCAAUCGUCACGAUGACCACGACUGGGAUAAAAUUUCUAAUAUUGAUUUUGAGGGCACGCGUAAUGCUGCAGACAUAAGAAGGUUCUGGCAGAACUGCUUGCACCCCUCCGUUAACAAGUCUUUGUGGAAGAAGGAUGAAAUUGAGAAGCUGAAGGGCAUUGUGGAAGAGUACAAAGCCUGCCACUGGGAUCAGAUUGCAGAGAAGCUGGGGACAAACAGGACCGCCUUCAUGUGCCUCCAGAUGUACCAGCGCUACAUCAAUAAGGGCUUCCGGAAGAGUGUAUGGAGCAAGGAGGAGGACGAGGUCCUUAAAGAGCUUGUCUAUAAAAUGCGGAUUGGGAAUUUCAUCCCCUACACUCAAAUAUCGUAUUUUAUGGAAGGAAGGGACUCAAGUCAGCUGAUCUACCGCUGGACCCAGGUUCUGGACCCAACUCUAAGAAAAGGCCAUUGGUCCAAGGAGGAGGAUGAACUGUUGCUGAAAGCUGUAGCAAAGUACGGUAUGAAAGAUUGGGCCAAGAUACGGACUGAGGUUCCGGGCAGGACCGAUGGGCAGUGCAGGGAUCGGUACCUCGACUGCCUUAAAGGGGGUGUGAAGAAGGGGCCCUGGAGCAAAGAAGAAGAUGCCUUGCUGAUAAAACUGGUGGAGAAACACGGUGUUGGUCGAUGGGCUAAAAUUUCCACCGAGCUGCCGAAUAGGCUUGAUUGUCAGUGUUUACAGAGGUGGAAGGCGAUGACGGGAUAUGGGAAGCCAAAACGUUCAGGUUGGAGAAAAGGGCAGCGCAGGGCCCCGAGGAAGAGAACCAGGAAGGUGAAGGUGAAAGUGGAGGAGGAAGAAGAGGACAUGUCAACUUCAGAGGAUGAGGAGCAGCUGGUUUUCAUGGACAGUGAGGAAGAAGCCCCAGUGAAGGAGGAUGAGGAGGAGAACGACACAAAGCAGUACUUUCUACCCAGUGUGGAGGAGUGGAUUCCCAAGACGAUUUCGCGAUUCCCGCAGUUCGGACAGCGCGUGGUGCGGGUCCCUCAAGAAGAUGCGGCCGGCAGCGUACCUCCAGGCAGGUCCAGACUGGGGCGAAUACCUUCAGCGAACAGUCUGAUCAGGGCGGAGCAUCUCACAGGGCUUCGCAGCACUGUUGUGGACCUGUCUGGCUGCCCCUUGGGUGUCGUCGUGGACUCGGAGUUACAGCCGCAGGAGGAGGAGAACUUCAGCGAGAACGAACUGAUCAAAGUGUCUCUCCGUGAGGUUAAAGGCCUGCUGGGCUCUAGUUGGAGCUCCAGGGUGAUCCAGCGUGGAGCGGAGCGAAAGGGUGGCCCCCAGGGUCCUGCGCAGCAUGGCACGCUCCUCAGUAAGCAGCAGCUCGGUGGCCCCGAUGCCCCGAAGUCCAGGAGUCUGCAGGCUUCCGGCACCACCAGGAUUCACAGUCCUGCCCUCAACGCAGAGUUGCUGAUUGCUGUCCUGCCCUGGGUGGGCAGCCUGCUGGUUCCCCUCAAGUCAGAACAUCUCACUGAAGCUAAAGUGGUGCGAGAGAAGGUGAAAGCCAUUGGACUCACCAGCACCCCUGUCUUCAUGCUCUUCCUCAAAGUCCUUUGCAUUGAUGCUGAAGGCUGCAAGAAGGUCAUCGAGGAGAGGAGGAGGAGGAGGGCAGUAACAUAUGUCACUCAGCUGACAACUUCUGGACAAGACCCUGCAGUGCCUCCAGUCUGUCUGAAGAAGCCACGCAAGGCGAACACACACACCGUGGCUCAGAUGUUGUAUGAGAAACGGCAAAGGGAGUUUGCGGCAAAGGCGCCUGCGCAGCCGCGGAAGAGCCAGCUGUUUGUGCCGUGCGUCAUGGUGCCACAGACGGUGCUCCUGAAACCCGCUGUGCAGCAGCCGGCGCCGCUUGCGUCCUGCCUCCCCGCGGCCCCUGUCCAGCCCGGGGCCAUCCUGCCGAAGAAACGCCUCCACAAGCCAGCAGAAGACUCCGAGCCUUUGGAUUUGGCCACCAAGAGGGCUCGCGUGAAGACCGUGUAUCCCAGGCCCGCGUCCGGACCCUGCGUGCCCCAAGGCGCCGCCGCCGCCCUCUCUGGGUCCGUCACCUGGAUCGUCACCCCAAACGGCCUGCUGCCCGUGAGUGGGUUGGGCGCUCUGAUGCCCGCCGUGACCCAGACUGCCGUGAAAGGUGGCGUAUCGCCAGGCGGGGGCGCUGCAGCUGGCCCACUUCCCCUCGGUGCAAGUGCUAACACUGCAGCUGGGGCAUCUCAGCAGGUGACGGGUGUCUCUUCCGCACCCUCUGCAGUAUCUCCUCCUGCGUUGUCACCGGCCGCCCCGCGCUCCUCACCUGGCGCAAGAGCUUCAACUGCGGCUCCAACAGCAGCGGCUCCAGUCAGACCCAUAGCCACUCCGGUGCCCUUCGUCCCCCUUGCCGUCCGGCUGCCACUUACCACCAGGGUCUCCUCUCCUCAGAUCUCCCAGAGGGCGGUGACUCAAGCACAAACUGGCUUCAUGUCACUUGUUUCAGUCCCAUCAAACAGCACGCUGCCGCUGCCUUCUCCCGUUGACCAGACGGCGUCCCCUGCUGGUGCGCACAGCCAGCCUGUUGUCCAUGUCGUCCAGCCCGGUGCUUCGGUGACACCCGUGCCAGCGGGAGGGCGUUCACCGCCGAGGGCAGUGCGGCUCCUGCAGCCGGGUACCAGCACCGCGACUGAGCCCCAGAGGCCCGCGGAGCCUGGCUCAAAGUCCAAACACAUCGGCUUUGACCCCAACCUCAUGUUUUUGGAAGAGGAGUCUCAGGUGCGAGAGUGGAUGAAGGGCACUGGUGGAGUUGUCCUUCCCCAGCUGGACUCCACCCUGCCUUACUUACCGCCCUUUGUGAGCAACCUGGCCACCCUGGCAGACCUUCUCCAGCGCAAGAGCUCUCUGGAGAUGAGCGCUCUGCAGCUGUUGGACCAGGGGGAGCAGGUGGCCGAGGAGCAGGACCGAGUGGACGCCGUCCGCGCGCUGGUCGCGGAGAGAUUUGGCGGGAACCCGGCGUACCUGCUCCUGAAGGCCCGUUUCCUGGCGUGCUUCACCUUGCCUGCCUUCCUGGCCACCGUUCAUCCUCACAGGAGACAGUGGCCGCCUGUCCUGUCUUCCCAUGAGAACAGCGAUGGAGAGGAUGGCGUGAACAUGGAGGCGAAAGCGGACAGCAAAGUGGACGCCAAGCCAUGCCAGAGUACACCACUGAGCACGGACGGGGAAGGACGUGAGGCCCCACAGUUCAGCGGAAUGUUGACGCGGCGCAGAAGCAGAAUCGCCCAGAACCACUAGGCGGGAGGAGUCCCUGCUGCGGCGAUGUUUCCUAUCCUAUGUCGCCGUAACGGCAAUAAAACACUGUACUGUCACUGUAUGGGCUGCAGCUGGAGAAAAAUAUGCCAAUUUAAUUUCCAUUUGUUAGAUGCUGUAGACUUCUCUCUACUGUUAUCAGUGAUAUGCUUGUAAUUUUGUCACUAAUUUCAAAAACUUAUUUUACAUAUUUCAAUGUUUCUUUGUUACAUAUAUUUUUGUAA